GGGGCAGUGCCCGCUUGCACCGCACCUCCUCCUCCUCCUCCUCCCUCUCUGCGCGGCGGGGGCCGCCCGCCCCGCCGGGACAGUCUCCGCCGGCAGCCGCGGCGCGGAGCGGUGCGAUCCAUCCAUCCCAUCGCAUCCCGGUGCGGGACAUCCAUCCCAUCGCAUCCCAUCGCAUCCCAUCGCAUCCCAUCGCAUCCCGGCUCGCCGCCGGACAUCACCCCCGUGCGGUGCGGGAUUUUCUCCCAUCCCGGUGCGGCGGGGGACGUUUCCCGCCCGCUGGUGCAGCGCGGGCCAUCCCGAGGCGGAGCGGGGCAUCCCCCGCAGCCCACCCCGAUGGAGCCCGGGGGUUACCGCUGCCGCAGCAGCCGCUACAUCGAGAGCGGCCAGUCGGCCGUGCCCAGCUCGGUGCUCUUCGCCGCCGGGCUUUUGGGGAACGUCCUGGCGCUGCUGCUGCUGGGCCAGCACCGGCGGCGCUCCCGCUCCCCCGGGGGCCGCCCGCCGCGGGUGUCGGCGUUCUACGUGCUGGUCAGCGGGCUGGCGGUCACCGACCUGCUGGGCAAGUGCCUGCUCAGCCCCAUCGUGCUGGCAGCCUACGCCUACAACCGCAGCCUCAGCGAGCUGGGCCCGGGGGGCCGCGGCGAGGACGAGCCGGGGGUGCUGUGCCAGCUCUUCGCCUUCCUCAUGGCCUUCUUCGGGCUGGCCCCCACGCUGCUGCUGCUGGCCAUGGCUCUGGAGUGCUGGCUCUCCCUGGGCCACCCCUACUUCUACCGGCGGCACCUGACGCGGCGCCUGGGAGCGGCGCUGGCGCCCGCGGCCGCGGGGCUGUGCGCGCUGUUCUGCGCGCUGCCGCUGCUGGGCUUCGGCGCGCCCAUGCAGUACUGCCCGGGCACCUGGUGCUUCAUCCGCAUGGCCGGCGGCGGCCCGGCCCAGCUGGGCUUCCCGGUGCUCUACGCCAGCCUGAUGGGCGUGCUGGUGCUGGCCAUCGUGGCGUGCAACGUGAGCAGCAUGCGGCACCUGUACGGCAUGGCCCGCAGGCAGCCCCGCCGCGGGCCGGCCCCCGCCGCCGCGCCGCGCAUGGAGGAGCUCGAUCACCUCGUGCUGCUGGGGCUCAUGACCGUCCUCUUCACCGUCUGCUCCCUGCCGCUCAUCAUCCGGGCGUACCUGGGGGCCUUUGCCGCUGACUUCAACGAGAACGCCGACCUGAGCGCGCUGCGCUUCCUCUCCGUCAACUCCAUCGUGGACCCCUGGGUCUUCAUCAUCUUCCGCACCUCCGUCUUCCGCGGCUUCGUGCGCCGCGUCUGCCGCCGCCUGGGCUCCCGCAGAGCCUCCCUCAAGGGCUCCAGCCCCCCCGGGGACGGCCAGUUCAGCCCCCCGGGCUGGCGCAGGACAGACCCGCCGCAGCUUGGCAUCCCCUGAGCGCCAGGAUCCCCAGCGGCUGCUGCCGAGGAUGAGGAACGAGCCUUCGGCCCCGCAGCCCUGCCCUGGAGCAUCCCCAGGCGGGGCAGGGCGGUGGCGAGGCGGGGACAGCGUCCAGCUGGCUGCCAGGGACGCUGAGAAGGGUUUCUGUGCCCUGCCCGGGAUGGGGUUUGCCCCGGAGAGGAGCCGGGGCGCGGCUCCCGGGGAUCCGGGAAUAUUCCGAGCAGCUUUGCAGAGGGGUUGGGAGUGCCCGGCUCCGGGAAGGCAGGAGGGGUCUGGAGUGAGGCUCAGGGCGGUGGGGACACACAGGGAGGAGAGGCGUGGCUGUGUCCCCGUGGAAUAAACGUGGUUCAGUGUUUCAUCACCUCGUCCUGUGCGUGAUCCCGUUCCAGGGCGAGAGGGAUUAUCCAGAGCUGGGUUGGGGCGUCCCCAGGUGAGUGAGGGGCAGGAAGGACUCAGAGAUUUGAGCAGCAGUUCCUGGUGUGAGGAAGGGCUGGAUGCAGGUGGAAUCCCCCCCUGGCACGCCCUCCAUCCCUGCCCAGGAUCUCCCCUAUUCCUGUGGUUUACCCACCCUUAUCUCGCCCUUCUCUGGAAA